GGUUUUCUAUGGUGGCCAUUGUACUUCACUGUAAACGUAGCGAAUGAAAAUUGAGAUUCGUUCUAGCAAUUUCGUCCAAUAUUCAUUUAUGGAUGUAUUUACGAUGGAUACAUAUGGAUUGAAAUACAGACAGAAUUUCCGAAGUUCCUGAAAAUAAAUUUUGUUCACAUCGUAAUGGAUAAUAAUCUAGAUUUCAAAGAGCUGCUGAACAUAGCAGACUAUAACAAAGUAGAGGCAAAAGAUGAGGCCUCUGUCAAGAGAUAUAGUACUGUUCUGCCUCCUCCUAAAAAGAUGAAAAAAAGUGGUGUUCAAUCUGAUGGAGUCAAAAGAUUUUUGGAAAAGAAGAAAGCUGAAGAAGCCGCCAAAGUUGCCGAAGCACGCAAACUAAAAGAAAAGCUAUUGGAAUUGAGAGCUCAGAAUUCUAAAAAUAAUAAGAAAGCAAAAAUUAUGGCUUCUCGGACUAAAGAUAAUGAUUUCAGCAAAAUUAGACUGACAGAAGAUGAAGUAGAAUCAAAAAAGAAGAUAGAACAGGAACUCCAACGAAAACAUUUAAAAGAUAAAGUAGAACGUAUGAAAUGCCGGAUAGAAUUAGAAGAAAAAGAAAAGCUUUUGCCCAAGAAAAGAAAACGGAAAUCUAAACAUGGAGAAGAAGAAAUUAUCCAUCAGCCAGUUGAAGAAGAACCACCUGAAAAAUCAAAAAAAUUUAAAAACAAAGAUAGAAACUCUGAGCACAAACCUCAACGGCCACAACCACCUCCCAUGAGUUUUCAUGAAUUGCUGAAAGUUGCUCAAGUUAAGCAAUUUGAACCAGUUGAGAUUCCAGUUCAGAAAAAAACGGAGGAGAGACUGCUAACUAAAAGGGAGCGUAAAAUCUUUGAACAGGAGCAAGAACUGCUUCGGAGGAAACAAGAACGUUUGAUGCAAGAUGAACUUGAAUUUAAAUCCUUAAAAUCAUCUAAACAUUCCUCAGGUAGCAGUGAGAAGAGUAAAAACCCUGUUGCAGUUCAUGUUGGAAAAGACUCUCCAAAUCAAAGAAAUGAAACACAAAAGUUUAAAAUUCCAAAAAGUUCAACCAGUUUAGAUAAAAAUAUGACUAGUCCAAAAAUUGACAAAACAAAAUCAUCAAGUGAUAAAUUGCCCAAAGUUUCAUCCUCAUCAGCUCAUAAACCACCAAUUCAAAAUGGAAGCAAGCCUUCACAAAUUGCAUCUAGCACAAAACCACAAAUCUCCAAACAACAUACUAACCAUGAUCGAGAAAAAGUAUUCAAAAACAGUAUUCCCAAUGGGAAACAUCCAGUUUCUAAAGAACAUUCAAAUGAUCGAGAGAAACCAAUGAAAAAUGGUGUGCUCAAUGGGAAACAUCCAGUUAAAAAAGAACAUUCUAUUGACCGAGAAAAGUCGCUUAAAAAUGGUAUACCCAAUGGAAAACAUCCAGUAGCUAAAGGACAGUCAGUGCCUGACCGAGAGAAACUUCCUAAGCACAGUUUAUCCAGUGACAAACUAUUGAAUUCUAAACAGCAUACCAAUCAUGACCGAGAAAGACCAUCCAAAAGCAGCUUAGAAGCUCAGAAACCCUCACAAAAAGCUGUUGUGAAAAAUGGAGAUAAGCCAGUAUUUAAAAAGCCAUUACUUGGUGAAAAAACUGCUCCUAAAAAGAAUGGUGUCAAAAUUAACCCUGCAGUGCCAACACUAAGUGAAGACCAUUUAAAAGAAAUGGAAAAAAGAAUUAGGGAAAAUCUGGAGAAAGAGAUGGAACAAAAAAUAUUAGCCAAACUUGUUGGUUUACAACAAUCUGCUCCUCCCCCACCGCCACAACCAGUGCAAAAUAAGCCUCCUGUGAAAGUUAAGCCAGUUAAUGGCACACAUUCUGCUAUGAAUGGGAAAAUUCCAGGAAAGCCGGUAGCAGUAGCUCCUAGAAAAGAUGGUGAUAGACCUUUAAAACACCCUGCUGCAAGUGAAAAGCGACUUGGUCCACCACCACCUCCAAAACCUAAGCCAUUUCAUCCUAAUCCAUAUUUGGAACCUCCAAGAAGAAGAUUAGAACCACAAAGACCACAGAAACCAAUGAAACGAAGAAUAGAAAGUGAUGAUGAAGAUGAUGAGGACGACGAUAUGAGUGAUUUUAUAGAUGAUGGUCCUUCACAGAAUGAUGAAGACUAUUCUAAAUACAUAAAAGAAAUAUUUGGAUAUGAUAAAAACAAGUAUAUUGAUGAUGAUGAUGAUGAUAUUGUCGAAUCAAGUUUUGUUGAACAAAUGAAGGAAGAAACUCGAAGUGCAAAACUUGGUUUCCUUGAAGAUUUGGAAGAAGAAAAGAAACUCAGAGAAAUGGAAAAGAAGCGAAAAAUGAAGAUGAAAACGAAAAAAUGAUUUUGUACAUAUGUAUUAUUAUAUAUUUAUAUAUAUAAAUUUAUAAAUAUUAUAUAUUUUAUAUUUUCCCCAUUGUGAUACCGGGAAUUGUUUCCCACAACUAUCAAACAGAAUGGAAUUUGAUUUUUAAAUCUGCAUUGUCAUUUUUCAUAGAAUUAAAAUAAAACAUCAAAAUCAAAUCGUUUUGAAAUGGUCUUAUGACUUUUGAUUGAUUUCAUUGUUGUAGUUUGAGUGAAAAGUUAAUGAAUCUCAUUUGAGAUUAAAUGCCAGCAUAACUGCAUUUUUGUUAAGUUUGAAUUUGAUAGAAUUUGUAUAAAAUUUUUUGCUAUUGUUUAUAUAAUCAUUUAUUUAUAUUUCCAUUGUGAAAUUUAUUUUGCAUGGAGCCCACAGAGCACUUAUAGCAAUAUUUUCUGUCUUGUACUGCUUUACUUUCAUAGAAGAAAUGUAUAACAUUCAUGCAAAAUAUUUUUGCAGACCAAAAAUUUAAUAAAUGUGAAUUUUUU